ACUGCAGCAGAAAGCAAAGGUCGUAGUCUGAUCAUCAGCAGGACUUAAACAACUUCAGGUAGUCGGGCAGGACUCUCUAAAAAUGAAGGUCACCUUUUUGGUGCUGCUCUUCUCUAUCUCGGCUCUAUUUUUGGUGUCUCAGGGUAAACCAGUAGCUGAAGAAGUGGAUGAUCUUGUCCUACUUGAGGAAAUUGAUUCUGCCGAUGAGCUGGAUAAGCGAACGGCCGAAUACAACGAAGAAGAUGAUGAUGAGGAGGAUGACCUCAGGUUUGUGAGGAGCAACAAGGGAUACUACCGCUAUGGUGGC